UAAAAAGACCGUCCCUGCAUGACAACCAACUAAAGAGGACAGCAAGACAGCCUAUACCUAGGUCGGUCUUCCACUACGGCUGAUCAGCCUGUCACUAGCAUGAAAGCAAGAUCGAGUACUGCAUUUUGAAAGCUAAGCAAAGAGUUCGGGAGCUGGGACUUAUCACUUAUUUGCAUGAUACUAGUAUUUUAUUAGUAGCAUUUUUGUCCAUUCCAACGGCAACAAGCUCGACUCCGACUCCCCCCCCCCCCCCCUCCGGCGCCGGCGGCCCACCGCGGCGCCCCCGUGAGGCGGCAGCUGGACUUCACCAACGCCGACGCUGGCGCCGGCGCGGGUGGCGACCUGGAGCUCGACGAGUUCGUCCUCAGCGCCAUGGAAGACAUUGAGCGGGGCUACAGCGAGGCCAAGCGACGGGCCCCGCUGUGCGUCUGCCGGCGCGGCCAGUGCGCGGUGCGGCAGGACGAGCAGAGCGGCCGGUGGAUGUACGUCUGCUCGGCGCAGCCGAAGUGCAAAUAUGUUGCUCUAUGCGAAGAAGUUAUUCUUAGUCCUGAAUCACAACCUGCUGUUAGGAGCCAUCCUGAACCAAGCAGUCCCUGUGUGCAUAUUCCAAGCAAUCAUGUGCCUGAACAUGCAACACCAAUUAAUACCAUUAAUCUCCGAGGUGCCGGUGCUACAACUCCGACUAAUGUCAAACCCCAGGCUCCACUUAAUUCCACUUUCCAAGGUCCUGGCAGUACAACUCCAGUUCAUGUUAGUGGUGCUACAACUCCGACUAAUGUCAACCCCCAGGCUCCACUUAAUUCCACUUUCCAAGGUCCUGGGACUACAACUCCAGUUCAUGUUAGUGGUGCUACAACUCCGACUAAUGUCAAUCCCCAGGCUCCACUUAAUUCCACUUUCCAAGGUGCUGGCACUACAACUCCAGUUCAUGUUAGUGCUCAAGGUGCAGGCUCUGCAGCUGUGGUUAAAGUUAACCCCCAAGGGGCUGGAUCCAAAGAUGCAUGGCCAACCUGCAAGUGUACAGCAGGUAAAUGCAGAGUGCUGAGAGUGGACGGUGAAGACUGCUAUGUAUGUCCUAUACCCAAGGGACAAGGUGCAUGCAGUCACAAGGUUCCAGUCCAUGCCCAUGCUGUUGCUAAUGACCUACUACAAACUGGAGAUGACAACAAAGGAGGGGAUAAGGAUUUGAAGGACAAGCCUGCUGAGAAGGAAGCCGAUGGGAACAACAACCCAGCUCAAUUGGUAGAUAACAAUGCAAAUGGAACGGUCAAUCAUGCUGAAGACGAUGAGUGGCCAUUUGAUGUCAUCAAUGAAGAAAUUGUGCCCACAGCUCAGGCAACACCCUGCGCCGAAGUCCAUCAGGGAUCACCAAGUAUGCUGCGCCAACCGAUUGCCACGCAAACACCCACAAAAUCACCAAUGCCACCUUACAACACCCGCAGCCCCAUGACUCCACGCUCAGAUGCAAUCUGCUAUGGAUGCCAAGAGAAGGGUCACUAUAUCAGGGACUGUCCUAAGCCAUCUCCGACUCCGAGAACUGGUUGUUUCAAUUGCGGCAAGCCCGAUCACUGGAUCAGAAAUUGUCCCCAACCGCGACGGUCUUGAAGCAUGUGGUGAACCGUGAACGGAUGAUCUCACUCUGCCUCUGGGCUAUGUGCCUCUGGCAUGCUCCUGCUUUUAGUAGUCUUAUUAGUUAUUAAUCGGCUCUUGCAUGUUAGUGAAAUGUGUGAUAUAUAGAGGGACAAACGCCUAAAAGGUCCCCUAAUACGUUUGGGACCAGUAACUGCUUAGUUAACAACUUAAUGUAGGUCGUAAUAAUUCGUGUCUAUUGUGUAUAUAUGUGCUGCUACUGUAACCCGUAUGUACGUAUCGGAAUGGUACCUCUUUAGAAUGGGAUGAAUUAAAGAAGUUGUAUCCUUGAAUC